UCGCCAAUGGUGUGCGACGGGGCAGGGUGUCACAGGGCCCUUUGUGACACGUCAUGACAUAGUACCGGUGGUGACGUGGCCACGCCUCAGUGCUCCUCGGAGCGUGCGACGGGACGGACGGGACAGAGCGGUGCUGUGCGGAGCCCCCGUGCAGCCAACUCUUUCCUUGUUGACCCGGAGCGUUUUGGAGGCUUUUCUGCGGUGCAAGCGCCCUCGAGGCCAGAUCGCGGGACUUGGUGACACGGAGCUUUUGCGAGGUGUCUCCAAGCCCUGUGGCGAGUGCCCUUGAGGCCACACCGCAGGACUUGAGAACCCAUACCCUUUCCUAGGCUUUUCUCACAUUCAGUUGCUUUUGAGGCCAGACCGCAGGAUUGGUGACCCGGAAAUUUUCCGAGGAGUCUCCAAUCCCUGCGGCAGGUGGCCUCGAGGGCAGCCUGCAAGACUUGGGGACGCAGAGAUCUUCCGAGGUGUCUCUCUCUUGCAGGUGCCCUGAAGACCAGUCUGCGGGAUGGCAGGAAGACACCUGAGCCUGCUCAGGCCCGUUCAGACAAAGAAGGAAGGCCCUGGGACUGACCCAACACAGCAACCUGAAGAGGUGGAGCAGUCCCAGCCCCUGCAGGAGGAUCCAGGCCGGCACCGGACACCAGAGCAGGACCGUGCCCGGGGCCGCUUCCGCAGGGCAGCACAGGCCUUUGUGAAAUUCUUGAGCGUUCGGCGUAGAAAGUGCAGGAUCACACCAAUUGAGGUCAUGGCGCAGCCUGACCCCACGCCGACCGAGCUCAAGGUUGACCCCGAUGUUGGCACCGCGUCGACCGAUGGCACAGCAAACCGUGACACCGCGGUGACCGAUGACAUGACAGCCUCCAACACCGCGAUACCUGAGCUCACCCCACAGGCUGACGGUGCAAAGACUGAGGGCAUCGCGGACGCUGACAGCACACCCGUUCAGCACCUGCCCGAUGAUCCCAGUCUGGAGGUUCUUGAAGAAGAAGUUAUCUCUGUCGAAGAAGCCAAGAAACCAGACAGGGGCAUGGAGCGGAGACCUCCCAGGGUGCCCAAGCGGGCGCAGGUGAAGAAAGAGGAGGAAGAAGGCCCUGGGCCUGCCCCCGCACAGCAGCCUGAGAAGGCAGAGCACUUCCAGCCCCUGCAGAAGGAUCCAGGCCGGCGCCGGACACCAGAGCAGGGCCGCACCCGGGGCCGCUUCCGCAGAGCUCAUCAGAGGGUGCGGAAAUCCGUUCUCGUUCGGCGCAGAAAGUCCAGGACCUCACCACCCGAGCUGCUGGCACAGCCUGAGCCCAACCCGACCGAGCUCAAGGCCAAGGCUGACGCCCCAGGGACUGAGGGCAUUGCAGACGCUGACAGCACACCCGUUCAGCGCCUGCCCGAUGCUCCCAGUCUGCAUGUUCCUGAGGAGAGAGUUGUCUCUGCUCAAGUGCCAGCUCUGGUCAGGUCCAUCCACUCGUGGCUGACCUCCAAUGUGUCUGCUGGGCACGUGCUGGAUAAGACCCUUCUAGCACUGACCGAGGCACACCCCGUGGAUGUCGCCAUCACCCUCCUGCGCUGUGCCCCCUCGUGUGACAGAGCUGCUGCAACCAUGUGGAGGACCAUCGCCUCAUCGGGAAGGACACUGCAGAAGGUGCUGCCAACCCUGCUCGACGUGAUGGAGGACUGGCCGUGGUACUACACGGGCACCUCCGAUGGGGACAACACAGACGUCUUUGCCCUGGCUGCAACUCUGGCACUGUGGAUGAUUGUCCAGGAGCCCCAGUGCCCGGGGCCUUUGAUGGACUAUUCCCCCCAUCUCCUCGUGGAUCUGCUCUUCCAAGUCUUCGUCAGCACAGAGCAGACGUCAGAGGAGGUCGACACGUUCUGGAGGGGAUGCCAGGAGCAACACGACCUUCCCACCGACCCCAACAGGUUUUCAGUGCUGACCAUGAAGGCCCUGCUCUGCUGUCUCCACUGUGAGGAUGUGGUGAAGUCAGUGGAAGACAAUCGUGGCUGGGCCAGGCUCCUCAAUGCUCACAGCCGCCGCUACACGGCUCUGCUGGCCAGGUGAGACCUCCUUGUCCCCGCUGCCCCUGUCAUAUCUGCCUGUGCACGGGGCACCCCACACCGUGCCCGUGGGCGUGGGCCAGAGGGCCUUGUCACCCAGGGACGGCCGAGCAGAGUGGAAGAGGCUGGGAGAGGCGGGUGCACAGGAGGAGCCGCCUCCCAGAGUGCCCCGGUCCCCUCCUGGGACUGGGCUGGUGGGGAAAGACCAGGCCUCUGUGAGUCCCUCCCGGGAGAGGUUUGCCCGCCUGCCUCAGGUCGAUGCUACCUUUUUCCCCCUGCCAGGGAGAAGCGCCACGUCUCCAGACCCUUGUGUUCCCGCAUCACACUCCACCUGCUGGAGCUGCUGAGCAGGGAGGAGCCGUGCUGGGACCUGCCUGCCAUGGCAUUUCUUGUGGAGGUCCUGGACUGCCUGGACACCAGAGAAUGCGGUGACAGGGUCCUGGAGAUGCUUUCAAGGAACUCAGGGAGCACCAACACAAAGCGGCGUCAACUGGCACUCCGAGUCCUCGUGGCAUUCAGCCAGGAUCCCGUGAUGGCCGAGAGCAUCUGGAGCCUGAAUGAAAGGCUCGUGCAGCUACUGGGGGAUGCAGACAGAGAUGUGGUUUGGAUGACCCUCUCUGUGUUCAAGAACAUGCUCUGGAGCAGUCUGUGGACACAGCGCCACAAGAGAGUCCGCAGCAAAGACCCCCUAAUAUCCACCCCCACCGGCCUGCAGUGGGCUGAGGCGCUCCAGCCACUCUUUGACCACGACGACAGCAGUGUGCGGGAGGCCUCCAUGGCCCUCUUCACUCGUGUGAUCAAACUGAUCGAGAGAGAGGGAAAGAGGCCCCUGAAGCCACUCGUGUGCCUGAGCCUGCUCCCGCUCUACUUCCACCGGCAUGAUGAGAAGGUGGUCGUGAAAAGGGCCUCUCGGAAAGCACUGCUGGAUGUGACCAGGUUCCUGAAGAGGAGGGAUCUUGGGCGCCUGGUGAACACAGAGGAGCCAUGGAGCUUUGGCAAGUGCCUGCUGAAAAAGGACCGGAGCCGAGUGGCCAAGUACAUGCACCAGGCCCUGCCGUACCUGCGGAGCCCACAGCAGCCCCUGCGAGAGGCAGCCAUCAAGUUCAUGGGGAUCGCCGGGGGGUACCUGAGGGGACAGCCCAAGGAGCUGCAGCUCAUCAUCGAUGCCCUUCAAGCCAUCCCAGAUGACAGGAGCCCCGCUGUCUCAAACCUGGCGCUUCAAAUCAUCAACUUCAUUACAAAUCUACAGACAGCUCCCUACCCCAGGUUCCAGCAGUUCCGAGACCGGCUCUGCAGGGCGUGGAAUACCCGGCCUUCUCUGUGGGGCUGAGUCUGCCUGUGCUGCUGCAGCUGUGUGCAGAGUUGAUGCAGGCAGCUCUGUCUGUUGGGGCACCUGAGCCUGUGGGGAAGACACCUCUUCUCUGCAAGCCCUUCCUUUUACCCCAGCGUAGGAAUAUUAAAUAAAUAUUGUCAUA